GGCACCGGCGGCGACAUGCGACACGAGUAGCCCGCAAGCUUUGGAACCACCAGAGGAGCCCCCUCGGCCUGAGCGCGCCAAGAGGACAGGGGUUAAAAUGAAUGAAGACCUGAAGGUCAAUUUAAGCGGGCUGCCUCGGGACUAUUUAGAUGCCGCUGCCGCGGAGAACGUCUCGGCUGCUGUCUCCAACCAGGUUCCUGUGGUAGAGCCAGAGCCUGAGCUGGUAGUCAACCCCUGGGACAUUGUCUUGUGUACCUCGGGGACCCUCAUCUCCUGUGAAAAUGCCAUUGUGGUCCUCAUCAUCUUCCACAACCCCAGCCUGCGAGCACCCAUGUUCCUGCUGAUAGGCAGCCUGGCUCUUGCAGACCUGCUGGCCGGCAUUGGCCUCAUCAUCAAUUUUGUUUUUGCCUACCUGCUUCAGUCGGAAGCCACCAAGCUGGUCACGAUCGGCCUCAUUGUAGCCUCUUUUUCUGCCUCUGUCUGCAGCUUGCUGGCCAUCACUGUUGACCGCUACCUCUCGCUGUAUUACGCUCUGACGUACCAUUCGGAGAGGACGGUCACGUUUACCUAUGUCAUGCUGGUCAUGCUCUGGGGGACCUCCAUCUGCCUGGGGCUGCUACCCGUGCUGGGCUGGAACUGCCUCCGAGACGAGUCCACCUGCAGCGUGGUCAGACCGCUCACCAAGAACAACACGGCCAUCCUCUCCGUCUCCUUCCUCUUCAUGUUUGCGCUCAUGCUUCAGCUCUACGUCCAGAUCUGUAAGAUCGUGAUGCGGCACGCCCAUCAGAUAGCGCUGCAGCACCACUUCCUGGCCACGUCGCACUACGUGACCACCCGCAAAGGGGUCUCGACCCUCGCCAUCAUCCUGGGGACCUUCGCCGCCUGCUGGAUGCCUUUCACCCUCUAUUCCUUGAUAGCAGAUUACACCUACCCUUCCAUCUACACCUACGCCACCCUUCUGCCUGCCACCUACAACUCCAUCAUCAACCCUGUCAUAUAUGCUUUCAGAAACCAAGAGAUCCAGAAAGCCCUCUGCCUCAUUUGCUGUGGCUGCAUCCCGUCCAGCCUCGCCCAGAGAGCACGGUCACCCAGCGACGUGUAGUGUCCCGCCUAGAGGACCCCGCAUUUCCCCGGCACUCCCACUGCCGGCGAGGACUGAGAUGCUUCCCCGAAUUCUUUGCACUGGAUUCUUUGUCAAGCCACAGGAGCACUUAGCAUUCGUGAUGCAAUGACGCCAUUUAGAUGAGUUAAGUGAUUGAAGUGAAAAUAAUGUGACCAGUGUUUUCACCAUUUAAAACAUUGUUGAGUUUUUUUUUUUGCUUAAUAUUAUUUCGUUGUGUUUGGGGUAGGGAUUUUUGCUUUAUAUUUUAUUGGGAGGUUGUUGGUGGGUGGGAAAAGAAGGGAUAUGAGAUGACCACAAUGUUAUGAAAAGUAAAUGAGUCCCAGAGUUUUUACCUGGACUUUAAAAUAAAUCUGAGUUAUGGAGGAAGAAUUACUUUUUCCAGACAUCUUUUUAUUUUUUUUAAUGUGAAGCUGGAGUUUCAAUGCUGCAUGUAU